CAAAGCGGACACAUCUCUAGCCAGAAUUAUGGCAACCAUGGUGUGCUACAGACUUUUGCCUGCGAUUCAGUUAUCGUUGGUUGUAUUGUGCGCACGAACUGUUAACGCCGAUUCCUUUGACAAAGCUGAGGAUUUCACCUUUGAAGGAGAGGCGCCGUGGGGUGGUCCGGAACUAGAUCUUGUGGAUGCAUGUGACUCUGUGCAGGGUUUUGAGCAGCCGCGGUCAGCAGUCAACGUCGACCUCCAGACAGUUCAGGUGCAUCCGGAGGCUUUUCUCUUCGCGACUAGGUGCCGGACAUCAGGGAGACCCUGCCGAGGUAUCGGAGAAGGAGUACAAUCUUUCUGCCGGCCAAAGAAAUCAUGGGUACAAGUGUAUGGACGAACCCCUGGUGAUGCCUGGAGACCACACUGGGUAGCUGUGGACACCGCAUGCGUGUGUUCCAUUCGGAGGAAAAGAUCGUCUGCUACCCCCAGUUCAGCUGGAAGGCUACCCUUGACGGGAAAGACUUUUCUGCCCUGAAAAUAACUUGCUUUGAUAACACAAAUUUUAUGCCAUCCUGAUAAUCAAAUAUAUACGUGUUCAGGUUCAUAACCUACUGUAUGAACACAGUAUUUGUAUAAAAACCUAAGUUUUAAAAGUGUUGGUCAAAGGUCAAAUAACAAAGUUUUUAAUGUGCGGAAACAUGUCAGGUAAAAAAAGUCUACAUCUAAAUGAUAAGUAUU